CAAUGUCGUUUCUGAAAGAUCUAAAGACGGGCUAUCUUUCCAUGCAUUUAUCUCAAUUUCGAAAUUUUUGACGGAAAUUGACUUUUUUUUGAGGGGGUGGGGGUGGCCUUAAAAAAAAAAGAAUUCUAGAAUUUUUGAAUAUAUUCGUGUCUUAUUUAACAAAGUCUUAAUGAUGAUUGAUGACAAGCUGUAUUCUUUGCAUUUAUUGUUGAUGUUAUGAAAAAUAGCGUGUUCACUUUUAAUUUUAAUGUGUACUAAUACUUUGAAGAAAUUUUAAAGUAUUACCAUCUCUGUCACAGAUUGUAAAUGUAUAGAAAUCAUAAGAGUAGCUACUAUUAUGAAUCAUAUAAACAAUGGAUAUCAAAAUUAUUCAAAAAGGUUUAUUUGAAAGCUUUUUUCGCUGCCGUCAGUACUAGAAAAAUUUCACAUAGUGAUGCGCAUAGAAAUACAGACUUACAGUAAGCAUGUAAAGAAAUAAAAAUUAUUGUCAGAUUUCUAAAGAUAAGAAGUCCAGAAAACUAAAAGGUUAGUUUUUUUAGCAUUCAGAACGUGUAAACAUAGCUUUGUUUAGACUACAUAAAAUGAUAAAGUAAUUAAUUAUGUACAAAAUAAGACGUCUUCCACUUCUCUGUGAUAUUUCGCAGCUGAGAUAUAGCAAUUUUAUGAGUCCCUAAAGUCGUUUGUUACUAUUCCCUAUAGAAAAGCCAAUUUUUGGCCUUCAAUCAAAUUACCGUGUCGUAGCCAAAAAGAGUCGUAGACAAUUCGAAAACAUGUCAUUUUGUAACGAAUGAUCUACUGUAUCGUUCUAUUUACUUUAAACAAUAUCAUAUUUAUACCUUUUAAGUGUUGAAAAACUCAUGUUUUGGUUUUCUAGAUUCCUUAUCUUGGAGGAUCUCAUAAUAAUUUUUAUUUUCUUGUAUUCUUGUUGAAAAGCAUUUUCUCUAUUCGAAUCAUUAUUUGGACGCUUUCUAAUGUUUACAACAGCAGAAUAAAAACUCAAAAAUGAACCUUGUUGAAUAAUUUUGUUAUCGAUUGCAUACAUAUAUAUAUAUAUAUCCAAUUUCAUUGAUGUAGAAAAGCAAAUACACUCUGUUGUUUAUUGUUCUAUAUUUGUUUACAAAGGUUCUGAUUUCUAUUGAUUAUCUUGAUGAUAACUUACAACAGGACCUUCUGAUUUAAUCAGACAAAAAAAGAACAAAGAAUCAUGCAAUGAUUAUUCAUUGACGCAUGUUAGUCAUAAAAGUCACUUUUGAUUUUGAAUGAUAUACAUUAACAGCGAGCAUUAUUUAUUUUUCAUGUCUAAAGCGGACAUGCGUUUUUUUUUCUAAAGAAAAUAUUUAACAAAGUAUAUUGAUCAUACAAUUUUAAUGAUGUUCAAUUCUUUAUAUCUUCUACCCCAUCGUUGAAAACUAUUUACUUUUGAUGUCAAAAAAACUUCUUUUGAUGUUUAUUGAAUUUUUUCAGUUCAUUAAACAUUAGAAUAGGUUAUUGUGAUCAUAGACAACUUUCAAACUGAUGUAUUACAUUUGUUUUCUAGUUUUAUUAUUAAAAUUUUGAUUUUCUUAUAUUAAUGGAUAUUCUAGUGUUUUCAUCAUGAAAUUGAUCAUUUCUUUGACUUUUUGUAUCAAUAAUUCAUUCUGUUAAAACUGACUAUAUUUUAAUAUCAUAUUGUUUCUCAUGAUAAAAACAUGCAAGUAAUAAUUCAAUUUUGCUUAAAUAUUGACAAUAAAAAUCUAACAGUAAAUACAGAAGAAUUAUCAUUGAGACAAUAAUUAAAAAGGAUGAUUUGUUUAAAUAAAAGACGAAAAACAAUAUGAAAAUAUUAAAUAAAAUUAAUGUACUAUAAAUUAUUGUAUAGUUUUCAUCUAAUGCCUUGAUGCAAUAGAUAUUCUAUCCAAUAGAAAGAAAAUCGAAAUAAAAUAAGAUACAUAAGACAUUUUCAUAUAUGAUCAUAAUACUGAUUAGUUGAUUAUGUGUUUGUUUACUAAUUUCGAAUAAGAAUAAUUGAAAAAUUUUUACGAAUGUUAUAUCAUUUUUUUUAAGGCCAUUUUCGUACAUUUUCAAGUGGUUUUCUAAUUGGAAAAAAAAAGUUAUCCUAUAACUAUACUCAAACAAUUCAAUGUACACCAAACAAAGAUUAUCUUAACACUAGUAGAGCUCCCCUACACUAUCUCAAAAAGUUGUAUACAUGUAAGACAAUUUUUUUAUUGAUUUAAUUAAUUAUAAUAUUUUUAUUUAUAAUAUUAUAUAGUACCAAUUUAUAAUGAAGAUGAAAAAAAACUUGAAUGGUUUACUGAAUCAAAAUUAGAAUCAAACGAAAGUUCGGUAUGCCCCAAUGGUUUCGAACGUAAAGGCAAAUUUUGUCAUGAGUGUAACAAUUGUCAAUCUGAUGAAUGUGAAAAAGGAUAUAGAAAAAAUUUUGAUUCAGGAUUAUGUGAAGGUAUUUGUAAACUUCUACAAUAUAUUAUUUCUUAAUGCAAAAAUAAAUCGAGAUGAUCCCUGUUAAAAUCUUAUAAACAUUAAGAUACAAGUUUUUAACAUACAUUUAAUUUCAUGACAAUUAUAAUACUUAAAAUAGUACCUGAGAAAAAAAAACCCAUUAAUAAAAUAUUUUUGGCAUUCUAUAUAAUUAUUUUGUUGAAGACGAAGUUAUGCAAGAAUACAUUUCGAUAUUUUCUGACUUCCAACAUCCAAACUCAUUUAGUCAUAUACAGAGUGAAAGAUCAUGAUU